CAUCCACUGUUACGGUCUGUCCUCUCCUUACCUGACCUCUGAAAUGGAGCCAUCGGCUUUGAAAAGCCUAGUGUCUAAAAUUAAUAUUCUUCCCUGUCUGACUAAGAAGGCAACAGCUGAGCAACAUGAGAUCAAGGACCAUCUGAGUUUAAACAGGGGCUCAAAGUGGCAUUUGAGAGAGCGGAUACUUCCUCUCAGAGUGGACACUUGUCUUUUCAGAAGACUUGCUCUGACAGUGAGUCAAGACUUUUACCAGGGAAUUGCGUAGUUGUUUUGAACUCUGCAAACUCCCUUUUAUCUGCUGGAACUUAUACUCUGCACUUGGAAUGGUCUGGACCCCAGCAUGUCCUCCUAUAAAUGAGUCCAAUGUGCGAGUCGGUGAUGAGGACUCUUGUUUCUCCUCCUCGCGGUCAAGAGGGGGGCAGACUCAGAAGCCACGCCUGCGCCCUGAUUUACAAGUCAGAGACAGAGGGGGACGAAAACCACACACCAGACAGGAACUUAGUCGGACUCACCACCACGAUGCUAAAAGUGAAGAGGCUGGAAGAAAUCAACACGUGUUACCACGGUGACCAGCUGGAGAAAAUGGCCUUUUUUCAGUGCAUGGAAGAGGUGGAGGAAGUGAAGUGUAUUCUGGAAGAAAGUUCUAGUGAGCAGGAUUCGAGAUCUGGGAAGAGUGAGGCUAAGGAGCAGUUGUGCUCACACCCCGGCCAGAAGGAAACAGCACCAGCCAAAGGCAAAAGGACAGCGCCUCCCACAGACGAGGCCUGGGCACCGCCUGCGCCGUUUGAUCACCGCAUCGUGACAGCCAAGCAGGCCACCGUCAACAGCUUCUACACCGUGAGCAGAACAGAAGUCUUGGGAGGGGGGCGCUUCGGCCAGGUUCACAAGUGUGAGGAGAAAGCCACAGGUCUGAAGCUGGCGGCCAAGAUCAUCAAGACCAGAGGCAUGAAGGACAAGGAUGAAGUGAAGAAUGAGAUCAACGUCAUGAACCAGCUGGACCACGUGAACCUCAUCCAGCUCUACGACGCCUUCGAGUCUAAGAACGACAUCGUCCUGGUCAUGGAGUAUGUGGACGGAGGGGAGCUCUUCGACCGCAUCAUUGAUGACAACUACAAUCUGACCGAGCUUGAUACCAUCCUGUUCACCAGGCAGAUAUGUGAGGGGAUAAGACACAUGCAUCAGAUGUACAUCCUACACUUAGACCUGAAGCCUGAGAACAUCCUGUGUGUGAAUCGGGAUACUAAACAAAUAAAAAUUAUUGACUUUGGAUUGGCCAGAAGAUACAAACCCAGAGAGAAGCUGAAGGUGAACUUCGGAACUCCAGAAUUCCUCGCCCCUGAAGUUGUGAACUAUGAUUUUGUUUCCUUUUCCACGGACAUGUGGAGCGUGGGAGUCAUCACUUACAUGCUACUCAGCGGUUUGUCCCCCUUCCUGGGAGAUAACGACGCCGAGACCCUGAACAACAUCCUGGCCUGCAGGUGGGAUCUGGAGGAUGAAGGAUUUCAGGACAUCUCGGAGGAGGCCCGGGGGUUCAUCUCCAAGCUUCUGAUCAAGGAGAAGAGGAAAACUGCUGCGGUUGCUGCUGCUUGGAGAAGAUUUUUGGAAAAAUCAGCAGUUCUGAUGCCUUGACCCCUAAGGAGACUGGUGGCUCUGGGGGAGGGGAAGCCGCCACACUCAGAGAACUCUGAGUACCUCUGCCAGGCUCGCGGGGCCGGGGGCACCCAGAGCUGCGGCCCAGGGGGCAGGCAAGCCUGCACCCCGCCUCACAGCCCACUCCCUGCAGCAGUGCACACCCCAGAAGACGUUUCCCUGCCAUCCUGAGCUUUAGAACUUUCGAUCUCAGUCACUGGGGCACGGGGUGCAUUAUUUCUGCAAUUUCUCAGAUCCCUAGAGCAAUCAUACUGGAGAUUUAGUUGAGAUUUUAAAACAUGUUGGAUGCAGAGGUUAACUAUUAUAUAUAGAAUGAAUAAACAGCAAGGUCCUACUGUAGAGCACAGGGAACUACAUUCAAUAACCUGUGAUAAACCAUAACAGAAAAGAAUAAGAAAAAGAAUGUAUGUAUAUGUAAAAAAAAAACCACGUUGGAUAUAUUUAGAGGGAGAAUUGCCUUUCAAAGCGGUGAGUACGGUGCCAGAAAAAAUUCUAAGUCUGGUGCGCCCUUGACCGCUUAGCUUCUCAGACUCUAUUACUUGGCUUUGGUCUGAAAUCAGGUGAAUCCAACUGAUAAGUAAUUUGCCUUCUGGAACAUAAGCUUCCUUUGAAUUCUGAGGCAAGAAGCAUCAGACAUUCUAUCUUCAUUUAUUCUGAAAUCCCCCCCAGGAGCAGCAGUGUCUUCUAAGCAGCAGAUCUACUUCCAAGCGAGGCACGUGUGUUGUCGCCCUGCACCCCGCGCUCUUCCGAGGGAAACUUCAUCCACAUGGAGCACACUGGCUUUGAGAGAUGGUGUAUGGUUAGUCUUUACAAUCAGGACCUUUGGAAUAAUGUUAACAGUCCCGAGAGCGUCCCUCAACGUGCCUGCAACAAGAAGAGGUGGGUCUGGUGGGUCCUGAGGGGGACAGUGCCGUGUUUCCUGUCAAAGUGACCCAGAUAAAUGCCAGCCCGUGUGAGGACCAGUGACCUCACCCACGUGGCGUCUCUGUGGCUCAGCCCCGUGCAGGGAGCCUUGGACACUGAAGGCCAGGGGCACCUCCGCUCACUUUGGGGAUGUGACAGUGAUUUCCAGUUGGAAGCGUCUUCUUGUUCCCGAGCUCGUGUGCCAUUUUGUCACAGACAUUUAACAGGGGACGUGAGCCCUGCUGCAGGAAUGGGCGUUGUUUCUUUACAAAGCAGAAGCGAUGCAGAGGGAUUACACGCCCAGCACCACGCCCGCCACUAGCAUCUUAAGCCUCCCUCACAUUUUCCACUUCCAAGUACCUGUUGUCUUGAGAUCAGCUAUAAUAAUGUCUUUAUUUUUAGCUUAAAUCGUUCUAGCCUGCAGUUGUCUCAACAGCGACAAAACAAAAUAAGAGCAGCUCGGGGCUGCCUGGGCCAGGGCGGACCUGACGUGCAUUGGCUUUUCCCAGCAUCCCACCGGUGAAUCCUCAUCGCCUGCCCACGGAUAACUACGCUUGCAACAUCCUUUUUCUUGUGUUUCAGGUACGGGGGAAGCAGAGGCAGAAGACGAGGUGUCAUUAGUUCAGGCCACACGCCAAUUUAUUGGUCGUGCUGGCUGUGGAAGGUCCUCCUUUCCGGCCUCUGCUCUUGCAUUACGAUGCAUCUCUUUCUUUCUUCCUUGGGCCUAUGCAUUUAUCCAAGGUUGGCUUCUCCUGUUCCUGUUCUGUGACUAUGUUUCAAAUGUUUAAUUUAGUUUCCUUAAAAUACACACACACACACACACACACACACACACACAGCCCUGUGAUUGAAGUGUUAUGUUACCGCGCUAUCUUUAGCUGCUGGUAUUCAUCGAGUCUGGAAACAUACAAGCUGGUGCAGGCUUAAUACUCAGCCCGCAGAGAGCUGGCAUCCACUCAAAUGCUGAACAGGACACGGGGGUCUGGUGUGUUCCCCUCCGGCCCGAGCAGGGGGCCUUUGCAGGGCGUGCAGAUCGCAUCCACCCCGGCUCACUUUCCCCAGGCCCUGCUGCACACACAGGAAGGGGAUGGCUUCGGCCAAAUGAAGCAGUGAUUUCUUUGCCAAAUUCAUCCACUGAUGACCCCACGGUCAGUGGGUGUGAUUUCUUUUUAGGGGUUUAGAAAGGAGACUCUACUUUGGAAAUGGCUCUCCUUAGGAUUUGUAGCUAUAUUUCCACCUCGGAUGGGGAACGUGUCCCCAUGCCAGCAGGGGGCCUUUUAUAUGGGAGCGGGGGAGAGUCUGCACUGCAGAGCUGAUUAUUACAGUCUGCGGUUACGGUGAAAUGGGAGAGUUUCGGUCUCCUGCUCGGCCGGUCCCCUCCCUCCACGCCUUGCAGCACGUGGCCGCUCUGAUGGGAAGCGGGCUUUGCACAUCGGAAGAAUCAAACCAGAUGCGAGCGUGGACCCGAGGAGCGGAGUCUGGCUGCACUGGGGUUAUUGUGAUCAACUUUUCCAAGAAGUCACGAGGCCUGGAGGCCGCAUUGCUUCUCCACCCUCUUAAUGGACGUGACAAUCUUGCUCACUCCCUUUAGGCCGCUGCCGUUUCUCCAGUAAGUGCAGGAAAUUAAGCACCAGUGGGGCACUUCCUGCUGCCUGGAGAGAAGUAAACUUCACAAGCUAUUAAGGAAAAAGCACAUCACAUUCGUAAUUCGUCAGAUACCAACGGUUACCCAGAAUCUGUUGCUGUUUAAAAAUCAGGGAGAAAAGAGCUCAUGCCCAAUUUGUGACAUAAAACCCUCUGGAAUGGAUUCUCACCUGAAUUAACUUGGGGAAACUCUUUCUGGGUUGAAGUUGGGUAACUCACAUCUGUUGAGUACCGUAGGUUUGCUUGUAGUUGCUUUCUGUCUGACUUGAUAUUAUUUUGCUUUCUUUCCUCAAAAAUGUAAACUGGCCUGGUGCACUGUCACGCUGCCACAGACGCUGAUGUGAUGUGGUCUGAAGAUGUGUGAACACCAACGUUUUCACCGUUUUUAUGGAAAUUAGUGCAGCAAAAUUUUUUUCUUGUUUUAGAAUCAAAGUAUGGAUUUUGUAUUAGGGAAACGAGCAAGGCUCUCGUUUUAUUCCUUUUUUGUCCUUCCGCUCCCACUACCCUGACCCGCCCCCCACCCCCCGGGUUGGGGUAGGGGGGCAGUAUCAGACGUGAGCUUCUUCAGUCUGAAAUGUAGGCCAGUCGAGGGGACCUCAUUUGGAAACUGAUUUGUGACCUGGUAACGAGGGCAGGGCGGGGACCUCAGCGGCCGAGGGCGGGGGCUCAGCUCAGCUCUGUCCCCUGGCGACUCCAUAGUGGGUUCAGGGCGCUCCUCCAUGGCCGCGCCCUUCUCAGCGGCCACGAUGCCACCCACUUGGCUUCUGCUCCAUCCUUUUAUUUUUUUACUUCUUUCUCUUUUUCUUAAGUUAGAAUCAGAGUGCAUCUUCUUAUCCACCACCGUGCUCCUCUAGAGCCUCUGUGAGAUGAAAAGUAUGUUUCCAAAAGUCAAGUUGCUUUCUGUCCUAAAGGAAACGUGAUGCUGCACUUACUGGAUGUGACUUCCCGGAUUAGGGUGACUUCCGUGCGUUGCAUGAAAUCUACAGCUUCUCGCCUUAGAAGGUCUGAGUGUUUCUCCCAGCUUCUGACGCAGUCAGGUGUGUUUUCCCUAAGUGGUCUUUGUAUGGGCAGUUUCACCUUCCGUGAAGGCUUCUAACUCACCCCCUACUGCCCACUCAAAGGGGCAGAAGAUGCCCUACACCCGCCUGGGCCUAUGUUGAGUCCUGUGUGCUCUGUAGUUGUUCUGGCUGAUAGACGCCAGCGAGCCCUUUGGAUGAGGUUUCUCAGUGGAGAUAAGAAAUAAAAACGGAGCCAUAAUGUGGUGGUUGCAUAUAUUGUGUGUAUUUUCUAUUUCUGAACGUAGUUUCAUUCAGCUGUACGCCUUUGCCUUAUAAAGAUGUGUAACAGUCAUAUAUAUGUAUUAUAUUGAAGAAUAAAC